AUGGUGGACAAAUUCACCGAGGUCUUUGGCGGAAAGGACACCAUCCCCAUUGUUCCGACUUUCGGGAAUAACGAUGUAAUGCCGCAUAAUAUCAUGAAGACCGGUCCGAACCGGUGGACGAAGAAGUACCGCGAAGUCUGGCACAAGUUUAUCCCCGAGCAUCAACGUCAUAGUUUUGUCGAAGGCGGCUGGUUUGUCUUCGAGGUGAUCCCCGAUGAGCUCGCAGUUAUCAGCUUGAACACUCUAUACUUCUUCGACUCCAAUUCUGCCGUCGAUGGGUGCGAUGCGAAAUCGGAGCCCGGCUAUGAGCACAUGGAGUGGCUUCGGAUCCAACUGGAGAUGCUGCGGACACGUGACAUGAAAGCCAUUUUGAUAGGUCAUGUUCCUCCGGCAAGAUCUGGCAGCAAGCGCAGCUGGGAUGAAACAUGCUGGCAAAAGUAUACACUAUACGUGAACAGAUUCCGUGACGUCGUCGUCGGCAGUGCAUACGGGCACAUGAAUAUCGAUCAUUUCAUGCUGCAGGACAGUCGCAAAGUGGACAUUACUGCCAGCAGUGAGUCGAUUGUCUCGUCCGAUCUUUACGAUGACUCAGGAGAGAUCUCCAUCCAGUCUCGUUAUGACUAUCUAUCCAGUCUCAGGAAAGACUGGUCUAGUCUACCGUCUCCACCUGAUGGUAUGCCGAAAGGCAGCUUUCUGGCAGAUGGAUGGUUCGAAGAGGAACAGGAAGAUGCGACGCGCUCAAAGAGCUCAAAUCCCAAGAAGAAGCAGAAGAAGUUUCUCAAAAAGAUUGGCGGCCCCUGGGCCGAGAGGUACAGUGUGUCGUUAGUGUCACCGAGUGUGGUGCCGAACUUCUUUCCUACGCUGCGGGUAGUCGAGUAUAACAUUAGUGGCUUAGAGACCAAGAUUUCGGCCGACGCCCCUACCUACAACAACCUGGGUAUGGCGAACGUGGUCCACGAUGAGGAUGGACUUUCGGCCGACAAGAAGAAGAAAAAGUCCAAGGACAAGGUUCCCAAGCCCCCAUCGCCGACUGCGCCUCCGGGGCCGGCAUACUCUAACCAGGCAUUGACCUGGCUUGGAUACACUCAAUACUUUGCCAAUCUGACCGAGAUCAACCGUCAGAUGGCGCAACGCCACCAAACGUCGGCAGACGAAUUCUCUGACUCUGACCAAGACAAUGGCGCUCGUGAGCUGAAUCUGGCAGAUGUCUUUACGUUCGAGGUCGAAUACGAUACCCGAAAUGACAAGAUCUACAAGAUGGAGGAUCUCACCGUGCGGAGCUUCUUCAAGCUGGCGAAGCGAAUUGCCAAGAACAAGGCGGGUAAAAACGAUAUCUGGGUUGAGGAUGCGACCGCCGGAGAACUCGACGCGAAUGCUUCUGGUACCGUCGACGAUAUCGGAGACGAAUUAGAAGUCGAGAAGAAGAAGAAAAAGAAGCAUAAGAAGCCUAAGAAUCGAACAUGGAGAGCAUUCUUGGAGAGAGCUUUUGUCGGAACUUUGGACCGUGACGAACUUGAUGAUAUAGAAUAA